CAUGUGAGAGGCUUCUACGGUGGUUUCUCUCCACCUCGCGUUGACCCAGCGCACUCGUCAGCGCCGACGUCCUCGCCCCCCCCGGGUGGGGUAGUGUCCCUGUCCCCGCUGUCCCCGCUUCAUGCUGCACCCUUCGGCGGAGGAUGAGCGAGCAAGGGAAAGGUUCGGCAUCUGCCUCCGCGGCGGCCCCGGCUCCGGGGUCGGAUACUUACAAAGGCUGGCUUUUUAAAUGGACCAACUAUUUGAAAGGAUACCAGCGGCGAUGGUUUGUCCUCAGCAACGGCCUGCUUUCAUAUUACAGAUCGGUGGAUUUGUGUUUUGUGAGGAUAUGUGCGAAAGGGACGGACAGGACGCAGGCAGAGAUGGCUCAUACGUGCCGUGGAACAAUCAAUUUGGCCACGGCACACAUCGACACGGAGGACGCCUGCAAUAUUGUCCUGAGCAGCGGGGGCCGCACCUACCACCUGAAGGCCAGCACGGAAGUGGAGCGGCAGAGAUGGGUCACGGCACUGGAGUUGGCCAAAGCCAAAGCCAUCCGCAUGAUGAACGAUCAGUCAGAUGACUCGGGGGACGAGGAGCCCACGUCCCAGUCGGGCCGCAGCGAGCUUCAGGGCACUUUGAAGAUACUCGUCAGCAAGCUCGAUGACCUCAGCACAUGUAACGACCUCAUCGCGAAGCACGGGGCGGCCUUGCAGCGUUCGCUGAGCGAACUCGAGGGUCUGAAAGUGCCCGUGGAGGGCGGGGAGAAGAUCAAGGCGGUCAACGAGCGAGCCACCCUCUUCCGCAUCACUUCCAAUGCUAUGAUCAAUGCGUGUCGAGACUUCUUGGAACUAGCAGAGACUCACAGCAGGAGAUGGCAGCGGGCUCUGCAGUAUGAGCGAGAGCAGCGUACCCACUUAGAGGAGACCAUUGAGCAGCUGGCCAAGCAGCACAACAGCCUGGAGCGAGCGUGGAGAGAAGCACCAGCGCUCGCUUCCACCACACCCAGCGCCCCUGCCGCCAGCAAGGGGAGGAGUGAGAGGCUGCACAAAGAAGAGGCGAGUGAUGAAGAUGAGGAUACGGAGUACUUUGAUGCAAUGGAGGAUUCCCCUGCAUUUAUCACAGUGACUGCCACCGACAACACAGAGCACAGGCGUUCUCAAAGUAAUUUGAGUGGAGCAAGCGGAGGUCAGCCCACUGACUGGAACCAGGACGACCAUAUGUCGCCAAGCUGUAAUGACGUGUCAGGGAAGAAGCUGCAGCCGCGCAGACAGAGGCGCACGCAGGUCCCAGACAAGCCCAACUACUCCCUCAAUUUGUGGAGCAUCAUGAAGAACUGUAUCGGCAAGGAGCUCUCCAAAAUCCCCAUGCCUGUGAACUUCAACGAGCCUCUGUCCAUGCUGCAGCGCCUCACCGAGGACCUGGAGUACCACGAGCUCCUGGACAAGGCGGCGCGCUGCGACUCCUCCCUGGAGCAGAUGUGCCUAGUCGCCGCCUUCUCCAUCUCGUCCUACUCCACCACGGUCCACCGGACAGCCAAGCCCUUCAACCCCCUCCUGGGUGAGACCUACGAGCUGGAUCGAAGGGAGGAGUUCGGCUACCGCUCGCUGUGUGAGCAGGUGAGCCAUCACCCUCCUGCAGCUGCACAUCAUGUGAUUUCCCAACGAGGCUGGACCCUCUGGCAGGAAAUCACCAUCGCCAGCAAGUUCCGGGGCAAAUACCUCUCCAUAAUGCCUCUGGGUGCCAUUCACCUGCAGUUCCAUUCUAGUGGGAACCAAUACGUGUGGCGAAAGGUCACCUCCACUGUGCACAACAUCAUAGUGGGAAAGCUGUGGAUUGACCAGUCGGGGGACAUUGAGAUCGUGAACCACAGGACCAAGGAGACCUGUCAACUCAAGUUUUCUCCCUACAGUUAUUUUUCUAGGGACGUUCCACGGAAGGUGACAGGUGUGGUGGCAGACAGUGGAGGGCAGGCUCACUACGUCCUCUCUGGUACCUGGGAUGAUAAAAUCGAGAGUGCCAAGGUUGUUCACAGCAGCCGAGGGGGCAGCGGAUCAGAGGGCAAGCAGAAGACGGUUUAUCAGACUUUACCUCCCAAGCUGCUGUGGAAGAAAUACCCUCUCCCGGAGAACGCAGAGAACAUGUACUACUUUUCAGCACUGGCACUGACCCUAAACGAGCAGGAGGACGGAGUGGGACUGACCGACAGCCGCCUGAGACCAGACCAGAAGCUGAUGGAGGAAGGGAGAUGGGACGAGGCAAACUCCGAAAAACAGAGGCUGGAGGAGAAACAACGAGCCGUGAGAAGGAGGAGGGAGGCAGAGGCCUCAGACGCUGUAGAUGAAGAGUGUGAUUAUGACUCUGGCAAGGAAUACGAAGGCUACCAGCCAUUGUGGUUCCACCAGCGGAGGGACUCAGUCACUGGAGACACAAACUUUGUGUACAAGGGAGGUUACUGGGAGGCAAAAGAGAGACAGGACUGGAGCAUGUGUCCCAACAUCUUCUAACCCAAGAACUCCCCCCCAAAUCACACCUAACCUCAUCGGACUGGGAACCGCUUUGCCUCUGGUCCUUCAGUAAUGGUGCGUAGCACCACGUGGACCUGUGGUGAGCAUGAGAAUGUGUUUGUUUUCGCACACUCUCAGAUUACCUCCAAAUGUACACUCUGUUUUUACUAUGAGGAAAAAGAAACAGCAGUGCAAUAAUUGUGUAGAUGUGACAUGUUGUUGGAGUUGUGGUACUACACAACAAAAGGCACCUGCACAUUCCUUCAUAAAUCUUACUCACUUUUCUGUGUUCACCCGGUUUUAGAGUUUUUACGGAUUGGACAGAAACCCGGGUCAAAAGCAUUAACACACACAUAUACAGAAUACUGUUGAAUACACAGCAUUUCAGGGGUUUACUUUGAAAAGGGUCCUCAUACUUUGUUUAAUUCAGUACAGUUGAGUUCAUGCCAGACUUAAUAAAUCUUACAUUUUCUCCCCUCAUUUUCUUUACGCGAAUAAUUUCAUGCUCUGUAUUUUCCAACUAAAGCCCAAAAAAGUCAUCGUAGAAAUAUAUGCCUUUCAGAUUUUCUUAUCAGUACGGCAGAUAAAAUGUGUUAAAAAUAUUGAUUAGAAGGAUAUUCUCAAAAAAAGUAAGUAAAAAUAAGUACAGACAAAAAAUAGGUAACAUAAGUAUGAUUUUUUUAUCUUUAAACCGUACUACAUGUUAUUUUGUGCUGCUUAUUUUUGUGGAAUGUCAGUUUUAUUACUUUGAAAUUGACUGUGAUCCUAUUUCAUAAUUCUUUGUCACAGAUGAAAAUGUCAGGGCCAGAUUUCAUUGGCUUUGAUCUGAUUGAGCUGAAAACUGGUGGUAAAACUGUCAGAGAAAAAAUAUAUACACAUAAAAUUUAACAUAAAUACAAUCAAUACACAUUGUGGAAAAGAGGACACAAUGCUGGAAAGAAACCAAUAAAACUGUCCAGCUUAUAAAAUCUAUCCUGAAAAUAAGCAUGACAAAAAAACAUUUCAUAUAACGAGCUGUGUUUUAGAAAUGUAUUGAAUUACUUCACAGUUCUUAUUUAUAUUAUUUGUAACAUUUUGGGGCAAACUGUCUCUUAUACUGCUGAACUUGUUCUAUUCAGUGUGAAUGUUGGAGUUUCCCUCCAGAAAUGACAGUCGUAGUGUGAAGUAGUCAAUUAAGACUAGAGUGCAUAUAGAGAUAAUAUGGCUGAUUCUUCAUUUAAUAUGUUGGAUACAAAGUGCAUCUCAGUCAUCUGAAUAUGCUUCAGACAUCUUCCAUUUGUGAUUCUGAUUAUUGAUAUUCUGUAAUAGGCCUAGUUGGUCCAUUUGUUUAAACACAUUAGCGCUUCUACAGUAACACAUAGAAUAUCCACAUCACUCCAUCAAAUAACUCAAAUAGCACUUUUCACUGUGGUAGAUCCUACAUGAAGUACAUAUCUGUGUUGGUGUUGAGAACAUGUCACUCUGUACAUGUACUUUACCUUGUCCUCUGGUGCUCUCCAAUCACAACACACCGUAACCGUGACGACCGUUCAUAGACACGUCUUUCUCAGUGAUCAUUCUCCGUCUGCACCAAAGACAUUCAGUGAUUGGUUUCCAUGGCGUGCUCCACAAAAUCCAUCCCUCACUAGUCUGAAGCUCAGAAGUUUCCAGGAGGACUGCUGUACGUGGGGUUGGAGCGGCAUCUCCGAGGGGGCCGGAGGUCCGGACACGAGGUCAGAGGUUGUAGAAGCACACAGGGCUGGUUCCUGUAGCACACUUCUGACACUUGCUCCUACCGCCGUUGACCUCCUCCCCAGCUGGCGCUCCAGCUUCAGCGCAGCUCACGCAUGGUCCUUUCCUUCAGAGUUUGUGCACAUAUCUGAUCUGGGAUCAGCUCACAGAGGCCCCCCCUCAGUCUUUUGCCUUCAAUCGACUGAACCUGUGCACUACAUGUCUACGGAGACAAGAGUUUUAAAAAACAGUUAGUAUUUUUUUGUAAUUAUUAUUAGGAAUGUAGAAUUUAAGGCUGGAUGUAUUGUAUCUUCCAUCUAGUCUAUUUGUGUGGAUAUUUUGUCAUAAAAGAGAGAUUGUGAGAUGAAGAAUAAUUAUACUGAUCUGAGUCUUAAGUUAUGCAGACAGUGCGUCCAAAUAUGAAAACAAAUGACUGAGUGAGCCGGGAGGAUUUCCAGUAAUUUCAUUUUUUAAUCCAGAUUGAUUCUGAGAGGAUGGAUGUUAACUCGUGUGCAACCUCAAUUUAGCUGCAUUUUUUCUUUUUUAUAUUUCCAAAAACUGUUAAAACAAUUAAAAUAUUUUUUAUAGAGUCGUUGAUAUGAGUACAUUGGUAACCAUGUAAUGCUUUCAGAGAUCAACACAUCUGGCAGUUCACAUUUUAGCACAGUUUACUCACUAAAUCUACCUAAAAAAAACUAAAUUUACUUUAAAAAACUAAAGGUUACCUGAUACUAUUCUUUUCAGAGUCAAAGGUGGUACAUUUUGACAGGGAUAAAUCCAAAAUAUGUAACUGUUAUUGUUAUGUAAUCUGUGUCAUCAUCAUUCAGUACCGGACGGUGACUCUACUCCACAUGUGGAGGUUUUGGCUCACAGCUGUUGCUGCUUAAACAAAACAGUUGAAAGCUUAAAGAAACAACACAACAACCAAAGUGUAUGUGGAGAGUGUGUGUUGUGUACUGUAGACUAGAAAUAACCUCUAAUCUGCCAUUUCUGGGGGAGUUCUAAUGUAAACCCCCCCUCUCAUUGUUUCUCUCAUUUCAUCUCACUGAAUUCACUCUAGUAUGAUUUUCUUAUUUGCUGAUUUCUACCUUCUCAUGGGUGCCAUUAUUCUUAUGUUGGUGUUUGUAUGCGUAGUGAGUUUGCGUUGUGUGCGUGCAAGGCAAACAUUUCCUUCUCAGUCGAUGCUGCUCAGUUAUGAAGCAGAAGCAAUCUAAUAAAAAUGGGGAGAAUUUCUUGCCUUGUCCAAACCCGGUUGCCCCUCGGACUGUGAUUUGUGUGAGAUAAUGUCAUUGAUCUGUAUGAUGAUGACGACAGCUACAUCACAACCGUGGCCUGGUACUAGAGGUCAAAGGAGAUUGACCUGCCUUGACUGCUACUCUUAAUCCCCAAAUACAUGUCGGUGUUUUCAGGUGAAACUGCGGAUUCAAGAUUUCUUUUUUUUUUUUUAAUUGUGUAUCUUCUCCCUUAAUUUCUACUCGUAUAACAUUGUCUGUUAAUGACAAAGAUACAAUAAUAAUUAAAAAAAGAAGAUAAUAAAGUUGCGAUUGUUCAAGCUGGA